AUGAGUCUGAACAAGUCGGGCGAAAAUGGGAGUAGCGGUAAUAGCAUUAGUAGUAGUGGAGCGACAGCAGUCGCUACAACUGCUGGAGCAACAACUACUACUAAUGCUGCCCCCAGUACAGUCACCAAUAACACCUCCGGCACUUCUUCUUCCUCUAGCGCUGUUCCCCAAGCGAACGCGACGAUAUCCACAAACGGAUCAUCCUCGUCAUCCGCUGCCUCUCAACCUCAGAAUCCUCCCCAGAAAUCAACCGGUAAUGCAGGAAAGUCCACGGGAUCCAGUGUCAAUGGAGAGAAUGGGACGAGUCGGGGUCGAAGAGACCGGCCUUGCGAUGCUUGCCGCAGGCGAAAGAGCAGGUGUGUCAUGAACGAGGGCGCAGAGAUAUGUGUACUUUGCCAGUUCCAUAGUCAGGAAUGUACCUUCGUGCAAUCGCCACAGCCACGGAAGCGACGAUUGGCAUCUUCCAGUGUACAAGGCUCGGAAGAGCGAUCUGUCAAUAAGAAGCGAAGCAGGUCUACCGAGCCAGAUUCACCGCAAGAAACUCGCGGCAAUGUUUCGGUAGACGAACACUCCAACCAACGUGGACAAUCGCUCCUCAAAGAGACUUUGGGUCUCCAGAGUAACCGGCACACUCAGUUGAUAGGCCCCACGAGCGAAUAUGAGUCUUGCUUGAUAGACUUGUGCCCAUUCGACAGCAAGGACGAGUAUUCACUCUCCUCUAUGGGGGGAUCUUUCCGCCGGGUAUCCGACGAAACCACGUUCCUUGUGUUUCCCGACCACUCGACGCAGAAUCACGUGGAGACAUUUGAGGACCUGGAUGCUAUUGAACGCAUCGUUGCACCACAUGGGUUAUCGCUCAUAAAAUUGUAUUUCAGAAUCGUGCACCCCUCAUUUCCGAUUCUGCACAAGAGGGUAUUCCUUGAAAAGUAUUCCCGAUCAUACCGAGAGUUCUCACCGCCGUUAUUAGCCGCAGUUUACAUCCUUGCCCUCAACUGGUGGUCAUACGACAGGGACCUCUCUGCGCUGAAGAAACCUGAUGCUCAGGCACUCGAGAAGCUCGCUAGCAAGACAAUCUCUGACGUCAUGCACCGGCCUAAAUUAUCUACCGUCCAAGCCGGCCUUCUGCUUCUUCAGCAGCACUCAGAUCUCAAAAGUGGAAGUUGGGCACUAACGGCGCAGCUGGUGGCAGUUGGGCAAGACCUAGGCCUGCAUCUAGAUUGCACCUCGUGGAAGAUCCCUAGUUGGGAGCGCGGACUCCGAAAGCGUCUAGCAUGGGGACUUUUCAUGCAAGACAAAUGGGGUGCGCUAACCCAUGGCCGGCCCUCCCAUAUCACGAAAGCGAAUUGGGCAGUACCCCCCGUUAAUUCGGACGACUUUCCGGAACGGGCAGAGGACGAAUCCGACGACGAAGGGGGAUCAUCGGAGGUGGAGAAGGGUCGGAUGCUAUUCGAACAGAUGAUUGUGCUAAGUGGAAUAAUGGCGGAUGUUUUGGAGACAUUUUUCACGAUUGAAGCUCAGAGUGGACUGGGUGGACGCGGGGGUACGAACAGAGUUCUGGAGAGGGCGAAACCGAUUCAGAUACGGUUGAAGGAGUGGUUUACGAAACUGCCGGAUUGUCUUAGGAUGGAUUCAACAAGGUUGAGAAAAUUAUCUUCUAACGGCUAUCUUCAUCUUGCGUACUUUGCGACAGAAAUAACCCUCCACCGUCAAAUUCUCCGCUCCCUUACCCCACCAACCAAUGUCGACCCAUACCUGUUGCACAUUUGCCGCUCUGCAGCCAAAACUCGUCUCAUCUCCGCCAUGGACUUUGUCAACCGUCUCAAACCCGAACAUCUUCAAUCGUUCUGGUAUUUUGCUUCAAAGGUUAACUUUGCACUGAUCGGGACGUUCGGAUCGUUGCUUUGGGCGACUUCCCCGAGUGCCCAGGAGGCUGAAUUCUAUAAAGCACGGCUCAGUGAGUAUAGGUGGACGCUUCGUGUUUCAUCACGAGGCGCAGAGUUCAUGGAGUAUGCUGUUGGUGUGCUAGAUGCCUCCGCCGGGCACUCCCAACAAGAGCAAUUCAAGAAGAAGGGGCUAGGAAACGUGGCACCCGGAUACACAUCCACUGUAGGAGCUGGAGAGGGAUUCGGUUUGGGAAUGGGUGUUGGAAUGUCUGGAGGUGAAAUCCAACAGCAUCCAUCCAUCAUCAUGUCUCAACAAUGGCGUUCCAACGUUAUACCACACGAACGUGGGCAUACCCCCCCCGGAACUGGCGACGAGGACAGUGGGGACGAGAUGGACGAUGAGGGCGCAGAGACGGAUGGAUCUAGCACGUCAACCAGGCGUACUCGCGACCAAACAAACAGUCAAUCACCGAGCAUGAAGGCGUUCCACGGGUUUCCAUUCCACCACACUGAUAAUCCUUUCCCGCACAACGAUCCGUUGGCAACCAACGCUUCCACGCCCACAUCCACCACUUCCUCUGUAAUGGACUUCUUUAUGAUCCCCCAUAAUAACAUGAUGACAAGAAAUAAUGUUGUAUCAGCUGUCGGAGGUGGAGGUGGGGAGCUGGAUUUCCUGGCGACCACGGCGGGGUGGCAUAGUCGAAGAGACGGGGAUGAUUAA